GGCGGCCAGAGCCCGCCCCCUCCGCUCGCUCCCCGGCAGCCUCCGCCUCUCCUCCCGCUCUGUCAUCCACACCGCUGUUGUUGCAGCCAUUUUACCUUGGAGCGUCGGCACAGCGGCGACCGGAGGAUGCCGAGACAGCGCCGUUAAAAGGACUACAAACAUGGCUGACGCGGCACGAGGUUCCGUGGUCGGUCGGCCAUCAGCGUUCACCAACGAAGAGCGGAGGGCGGUUCACUCCUGGUCCCGGAUCUCGUCAGCGGGACACAACGUCCUCCUGGACGCGAUGAAGAUCCUUAGCCCGAUGUCCCGGGACCUGUCCAGCACCGAGGAGCUGGUGAGCUUCCUGCAGGAGCUGAGCGAAGAAGGACAUAAGCCCACCGUGCUGCGCAGCAAAGACGUCUACGCCUACCGAUCCUGCACCAACCAGCCGCUGACCCAGGACAUGCUGAAGCCGCUCAGCAGGAACGUCAGACCCACCGCCAAGAGGAAGGGCAGGCGGCCGCUGGCCAAGAAGAGGGAGGUCCACCCGUCCUGGAUCACCUCCGACAGGAGCAGCCCCCGGAUCCAGGGGGUCCGACCGCCGGAGCUGCUGGUGGACCACUGCGCCAUCGUCUGCAGCCGGACAGCCAGCCGGACAGCGGACAGGUCGCCGGUGGAGCAGCCGUGCCUCAGACUGACCAACAUCGAAGGUCUGUCCGGCUUCCAUACGGCCAGACUGCAGAUCCACACCACCUGGGACUCGGAGGCCUCUGCUGCCUUUUCGCAGCAGCAGCACCCUUCAAUGCUUUCAGGAAUACCUUCACAGCCUUCUCAGAACGGUGGCGGGGCGCCCACCAAAGCCGUGGCCUUGUUCAGCCAGAAGAGCCUGUCCUGCCCCAUCCGGCUGGACGGUGCCCUCAUUGGAGACUCGGCGCCGGUGUUCUACGCCAACGGCCGGGCGUUCCCUCAGACUCUCACAGAGCUGCCCAGCAAUGGCUGGAGGAGCAACGGCCUCCACCGGGAUGCCCGAGGCCCCAAGGACCUGAGCCCGCCGACCCGGCAGAGGAGCAGCUGGAAGGACAAGAACAGUUUUAGGUGGAAGGUGAUAAAGGUGGACGACUCGCGCUCGGUGGCCGAGGCCUGCAGGAAGGCCCAGAAGAUCCUGCAGGUCAACCUGUCUCCGGUGAUUCAGAUCCAACCUCUCAACCACGUCCUCAGAGACUUCAGAUACCAGAACAAGUGAUGCCUCCACCACUCCUUUCAAUGUUAGUGUUUCCAUUCGUCAGCCUCCACCGGCUGAGGCCCGUCCGUCUCCGAGGGUUCUGUGAUGGCUGCUGCUGGCUGAUGGAGGUCGGUGGAGGUUCUGGUUCUGACGGGGAAACCCGGCUGAAAGGUGUUUGAAGUGAGGUGAUGUUUUUCCUAGCAGGCUGGGAAAUGACUGCCGAUAUUAGUUUAUGCUUCACCUUGUUUCAACCAAACAGGAUUUUGCUUUGAGCCGUUUGUCUGAUCAGGAAGCAGAACCUGAACCAACCAGUCCAAUAACUCCAGCGUAGUUAAUGACCUUCUGCCUUCAUGCUGUGAAUAAUUCAAGACUUCCAGAUCCUUGGAGGACAUAGAGGCGGGUCCAGUCCAGCAGAUAGACAAGACAUUCAGGAGGAAAAACACAUCUGAGUUCUGAUAGAAACUGACACCAGAUCAGUUUAAAUCCAUCCAGGUGUCACAGUCUGAACAUGAUAAAUCUGGACCCACCUCCAUGGACUUCAAGGACCUGGAAUGUUCUAAGUGAGACUAAACUUAAAGACUGGAAGCAGGAAAGGAGAACAUCCCCUGGAGAAAGUUCUAGAGUAGACCUACCAACAACUGGAGAAAGUUCUAGAGUAGACCUACCGACAACUGGAGAAAGUUCUAGAGCAGACCUACCAACAACUGGAGAAAGUUCUAGAGUAGACCUACGACUGGAGAAAGUUCUAGAGUAGACCUGCCGACAGUUGGAGCAAGUUCUAGAGUAGACCUACCGACAACUGUAAAGAUCACUGAUUAAUAUCUGCUAUCUUGUUUUUUUUUUUUAGCCUGAACAGUUGUCAGUAGGUCUACUCUAGAACUUUCUCCAGUUGUCGGUAGGUGUACUCUAGAAGUUUCUCCAGCGGUCAGUAGGUCUACUCUAGAACUUUCUCCAGGGGACGUUCUCCUCUAUGGACUUGAAGGACCUGGAACUCUGGAAAUAUUCCCAGUAUCAAGGUAGAACUCUGAUCAUUGGUAAAGUUUCUGGAGCUGAAGAACCAGAUGUUCUGAGGAGGUCAGAUUUGGUUUAUUUUCCUGGCUUCAGCUUGUUGGGAAUAUUUGAUGUCUUCUGGUGACAAACAUGAAUUAGAGAACAUCUGAAGGGGGAACCGCUCUGGGUUUAGUCUUUCAUUGUGAAUGUUCUAAGAGGCCCUCAAACCAUCUGUGACUUGGAUUCCAAAGUGCAGUCCUAAUUAAAAUUGAAUCUAAAUGUCUGAUGUGAUGUUCUGCUGGUUUGUUUAAGUUCAACACAUUAGUUUGGCUGAUUCUCAAAAGUUUUUUCUCCCAGCAGAACAGAUUUGAGUUUAUUUGGAGGAAAAAUCCCCAGACUAGGUUUUUGUUUGCUUCAGGUGCUAAUCCUUCGGUGCUGAAUGAAAAGAAUGUCGAGCAGUUCUUCUUCUUCUGGUCCAGACUGUUUCAGAGCUGCAGGUCAAACCGAACCUCCUGUUGUGUCUUCUGAAGGUUCUGAGAGGAACCGAGUCUAUGUUCAUAUCAUCAUCUGUGACCAACGUCUGUCUCCUUCAGCUGAACCAAACCGACUCCAGCUGUUUCAAUCUGGUUUUCUGGGAGUUUUACUCGCAUCAAAUCCAGAAAAGCCCCAGAAAAAGCCAGUCACCCGACCUUUAGCUAGUUUAAAAAGUCAAAAACACGUCUUCUACAGCAGAACUUCUGAACGUCUGAUCAUGUUUCUGUUACGGAACGUCUGGUAGAACCAAUGAGAUCUCCUGUUGGAACCAGCGUUUGUUGGUUCCACGUCUCCGUCUGUGAAUUUCUUUUGGUUCUGGGAGUUUGUUCUACGCCGGUCUGUUGGCGGUCAUCACCUUUUCUAGAUCUUUCUGUUAGUCUCGGUUGUGCAACACUUGUAUAAUAUUGUAUUUCCUACAUGAUCUUUGAAAAUGUUUUUGUUCAAUAAAACUGAUCUGAAAACAG